CUCCAACAUAAACACCCAGAACGAAACAUGAUGCCCCGAUCCGUUCCGUCUAUCCCCCGCAAACUUCCCCGUCGAGGCGAGCAUUUCGAGGCCCGUGCUCAAGCUCAACAACAUCAAUAAACCUUGAGCUACCUUGAAUUGGCAUUCCUCCGCCACCUCGCCACCCGACCAGCAAAAUAGCCGUCAACCGUUGAGCAAUACUCCCCUCCCCAUGGCCCAUCUCCCCUAUAAUGGAAGCUCAAAUAUAUAUCCCCCAAGCUUGAAUAGUUCACCAUACCCGCACAUCCUGCCCCAAACAGCAGGUCGUUAUUGAUAAGCCAAGCAUUGCUAAGCUUCAUCAGGCAUCUGGGUAGUAUGGGGUGUACCCAGCGUGACGUAGGGGAGGCAAGAGAUAUGCUUCAAAGUACAUAAAAGAAAGAUAGACGUCCACUUGUUGAAGAGAGUUUGAGUUGCUGACUGUUUCCGUCUUUGUUUUACAUACAAGGUACGGAUACUGCGACAAGCUCGUUACCUUCAUCAUGGCUGGCAAAUCAAUCUCGAAGGUGCAUGUGUUGGCUUUGGCGUGUUCUGCUAUUUUCAACUGCAGAACCCUCGCAGCACCAGCACCGGCGUCCAAAGUGUUCCACCGACGCGCAGCGGCAGCAGCGAUAACAGACCCCUUCGCCAUUCUCGACGAGCAAAAAUGGGUGAACCCAGAUAACAUGACAUGGGACGAUUUCGUUGCACCCCCCGGCACCAAUUGGGGAGACAAAUCGCAAUCAGGAUGGUCCCGUAACUUCAACAUCGCUCUCGUAACGGUUGAUUACCCGGACUCGCCCUUCGCUGUCACUCUCGAGGCGAAUUCGGAUAUCUUCAAUAACCCGUUACCGUCGGCCGCAAACUUGAAGCGCGAGGAUGUACCGCAGUUCUAUCUUGAUUUGCUGAAUAACCCGAAUGAGUUGAACGAAGGGCAUACGCUGCAUGAGUACUGGAUGGGAGAUUCGUUUGGAAAGUACGGUGUUAACCUUACAGUGUUUGGACCGUAUCGAAUGCCGAGCCUGAGUUACCAAUAUGGAAUUGAUAAUGGAUUCAACCCAGGGGCUUGUCCUCAGGGGCCACCAUGUGCCGUUGAUCUCCGCACUGAUGCGUUGGGUGCGUGGCGGAGGGAGGUAGGGAACGAGACGGCCAAUUCAUAUGAACUUGCCUUCAUCUUGUCCGCGGGUCAAGAUGAAUCGUCGACAUGGCAGGAGUUUGGAGAAAUGAAGUUCGAGUCUCCAGCUGAUAUUCCGGACGAGUAUGGACCUCCAGGAAACACGUCUGGCUCCAACGCCGCGAAAACGCGAUAUGUGGAGUGGACGAGCUGGGCGUCUGCUUCUACCAUCUGGCCGAACGCGGGAGGAGGUUCCUCCACACAAGGUGAAAGCUCAGGCAUGGGAACCUUUGCUCAUGAAUUGAGCCACUUGCUCGGGAUUUUUGAUAACUACAACAACCCCUACAGCAUCCCCCCACGCCGCGCCUACACCGGUCCCUUCUCGAUGCUCGACCGUGGCAGCUUCAACGGACCUGGAGGCCCCCACACGAGAUACCAGAUCCCCCCCGUCCAAGGCGGCAGCAUGGGCUCCCUCCACACGAUGCGCGACAAGCACCAAAUCGCACUCAUUGACUCAACACCCAUCCUCCAAAUUUCCCGCACAGCACUCGCCUCUUCCGGUCCUAUCGUCGCACAGCUCUUCGCCCGCUCUGUCGACCCAUCCUCCACAACCUCCGGGCUAAUGGGCUUCAACAUCACCCUCGACGCCGGGGGCGACAAAUCCCCCGCAUGCAGCACACAAACCGACCCUCUCUGCGACGGCGGCCGCUACGACAACUACAAUGUCGAGGUCGUGGACCGCAUGGGCGCAGACUCCUUCGCACCCGACCACGGCGUCAUGAUCUCGAAGACCAAGAACCGCGACAACUCGGCGCCGUUCCAGUGGCUCAUCGACGCGAACCCGCAGGACGCCCACGUCAUCGAUUUCUACUUCCCCAACGGCACCGCCCGGUACUGGAGCAUCGGCGACUACCGCCAACUCGCCGACGGCCUGUUCCACGCCGGCGCAGACAGCGGCAGCGAGUUCGAGUACACUGACGUCGCGAACGGCGUUCACAUCUACAUCAUCGAUAUCCUGCGGGAUGAGACGGGCGUGCUGUCGUAUACCGUCGGUGUAUCAUCUGCUUCGGCAGGGAACUCCAGCUCUACUUCUUCUUCGGAGCAGUAUUCAUUCGAGAUUGGAGACGGUGUCGCUGCAUCGCUUCCUUCUUCUUCCUCUUCCUCCGGAGCGAAGUUCGACGAGAUGUAUACGUGUACGUUUGCGAUACGCAAUACGGGGACUGCGGUGGAUCCCGCGGCUGGGCUUCAUCCUCAGGAUCUGACCGAGUACAUGCAAGAAGAUAUUUACGCGCUCUCCGCCCAAGUCAGUGCAGAAGGGUGGGAAGCUGUUUUGCCGAACCGACUCGCGCAUGCGCCUGCCGGCGAGGAAACCAGUGUUGUUGUUGGUGUUGGAAAAGUGGGGGCUAGUGGACAGGCAGGAGAUGUUGAGGUUAUGCUAGAAGGAAAGAGCGUUGGUAGUGGGAAGACGGUCAAGGCAACUUGCAAGAUUGGUGGGCAAUAA